GCGGGGACGCGGAGCCGGGCGAUGGGGAGGGAGGUGGAGGUUCCGAAGCGCCUCGUCCCUCGGCUCGGACUCUGACGUGCAGCCUCGGCAGCUGCUCAGCGCCGGCUGCGGGCUGCCCCCGAGGCUUUCCCGUGCGACCGUCGGAAAAAGUGCCCCGAGAACGACUGGGUGCCAGGUGGGAGAAAGGCAGAUGAGUUUCCAAGUAUCCUUUUCAAGCUUAUAAAGCACACAGCUUCAUAUAACAGCAGUGAUUCUCUAAUGGACCAAUGAAAGCCAACAAUGACAAGUUGUGGUCAACAGUCCUUGAAUGUGCUGAUGGUUCUGCUUUCAUUACUCUUGUCAGCAGUGUUGUCUGCGCAUUUUCGGGUCUGCGAGCCAUAUACAGACUACAAAGGACGCUACCACUUUGGUUUUCACUGCCCCCGUCUUUCUGACAAUAAAUCUUACAUCUUUUGCUGUCACCAUAACAACACAGUAUUUAAAUACUGCUGCAAUGAGACAGAAUUUCAGACUGUUAUGCAGAUGAAUUUAACAGGGAAUGCAGAUGGAUAUAUGCAUAACAACUACAGUGCACUGUUAGGGGUGUGGAUCUAUGGUUUUUUUGUGGUGAUCUUGCUGAUACUGGACCUUUUAUAUUAUUCUUCAAUGAACUAUGAUAUUUGCAAAUUUUACCUAGCACGGUGGGGAAUCCAGGGAAAGUGGAUGACACAAGGACAGAGCCGAUGGAUUAAUUCUGCUCAGGACCCAAGCCAAGUACAGACUCAGCCUCAGCCAGAGACACAGCCUCAAACUCAGCCUCAGCCACAGCCUCAGACAUCACAGACAGUACAUACUCUAAAAGGAGAUGCUUUAAGCCCACCCUUGAUGUCUUUUCAGAGUACAUCUGCCUGAAAAGUAUACUGAUGUGCCUCAGGAUGGGAGAGGUAAGAUCAGACUCCACGGAGCAGCUUUCAAGGAAACCAACUCAAUGACAAGAGCUUUAGAAAUGGCAGAUAAGCAGCAGAGAGAGAAAAACGACGGGAUGGAGGUUCACCAAGUCACCUGGAGAGAAAUGUCUUUUAGGCAACCUCUGUAGGGAAACAGUGUAGAAAGAGUUUCCAGAAGAAAGUAGUCCGUAAGCAAUAUUUGAAUUUUAGACCAACAAUAUUAUGUUUGAAGGGAAGCGUAAUGUUUGAGAAAGUGCUCAGUUGGAAGAAAAUAAAGUUGCUCUGGCAAAUCUGGACAAAGGUGGAAAAAGAUCACAAGACAAACCUUUGGUAGAAAACUUUUCUUUGCCUCCCCAUCCAUCUAUUGCCAUUUGAGCCUAAUCUAAAUGUCAGAAUAAGGAAUGUGAGUUUUUUCAAAGUUCUCUGGUGAUUACUUUGUCACAAUAGAGUAAAUGCUGGCAGUCCCAGUGUUGUCAUGCAUAACAAGGUAUGUGAAGCCUUCACCACCGAUCAAACAGCAGGGUAGCAACUGAUUCAGCCUUAGUGCAUAUUUUAAGAUCAUUGGCAAUGAUUUUGCUAAGAUAUCAAAUAUCUGAAUACAUCUCAGCUUCAGCUUCACAUGCUUUUUUGAAGAGGGGAGCUUUUAUUAAGAAGCAACAGAUAACCCAUUCCUCCCCCACACUCCUUGAAGCUGAAAGAAUAUUAGAAGGCAAGCAACAACCUUGAUAUUACAAAAGCAAUAAUACCAUUGUCCCUCUGCUUUACAAGGCAAUAAUCUAAUUCCCUCAGCCACUGACUGGCAUCAGAGUUUAUCCCUCUCAAAUCUUAGGGUUCAUUUGUAAGUCAAAAGAGAUGCUGCCACAGAAGCACAUGGAGUACUUGGUCACUAAGUUAUGAUAGCUUAACUUUCCACAGGACAGGUUUACUUAAAAAAUCACACAGUAUCAAUUACAUAAGCAAAUUCUGUAAAAUAUAAUCAUUUGUUAAGAUCUAUGUAUGGAGAACCUGGCAGUGACAAUUGAACAGAGUUCAGCUAGAAAUUGCAACACAGCUUCAUGCUAAUACCGAAUUGAUUUUUCCUUCCUAAUCUUUUGUCCUGCAGAUACAAGUAAUUUUAUCAUAAUAAUGUAUUUUAUUGUACAACCAGCACGAAGAACACCUUGCCAGUGAUUAUAAAGAAGCACCUUGUGAAUAAUUAAUUUUUUAUUUAAUUUUGUUUUUUUUUAGCCUUUUUGAUUGGAGAGCAUUUUAGUCUUAAGGUGAACUCCAAAGGGAUAGAUUCCUGAGAGAUCUGAGCUAAUUCACAGCUACUGGAGUAUGUGACAGUAUGCAACUUAAACACCCAGGAACAACUACUGUUAUCAUAGAACCACUGAAUCAUAGAAUUACCCAGGUUGGAAAAGACCUUGAAGAUGAUCAAGGCCAACCGCAGUCUAACCAGUACCCUAACUCUAAAAACCCUCCACUAAAUCAUAUCCCUGGGUAUCACAUCCAAACGGCUCUUAAACACAACCAGGGAUGGCAAUUCAACCACCUCCCUGGGGAGCCUAUUCCAGUAUCUAACUACCCUUUCUAUAAAUAAGUUCUUUCUAAUAUCCAACCUGUUGGGGGAGCCUGCAGGACUGGAGAGCAUAGGAGUGCCUGGUCUCCAAAGAAGACCCAAUCUGACGAAGAAACCAAUAUGCUCAAGUCCCUUUUCCUUGCAAUCCAAAUGAUAAAAAUAAAUAAAGCAGAGAACCUCUGUAUAAAGGCAGGCAACAACUAACUAUCAAGAACUCCAAUGCCACAGAUAAGUAUGCCAGCCUGCAGGCUUUAGGCUCCGUCUUGCGCUAGGAAAGCAGAAGCCUGGCUGCCCUUUCCCUUCACAGAAUGUGUGUUCUUUGCAGCAUUUCAAAUAAAAAACAUUCAGUACUUUUUAAACCUUGUUUCACUCCAAACACAGCAGACCUUAGGUUUUCACAAGAACAUUUCAUUAGCACGUGGCAGAGGCAUUCAAGGAACUUCAGCUGGGAAUAAAAAGGAACCUCCUGCAAACAAGCACUGUAAGUUGCUUGCAGAUAUCCACACAGCACCGAUCGCUCUAUUGUGGGAGCCUGGAGUUUCAGCAGAGGCAUGAGCUGAGCUCUGAGUGCUGGCAGAUCUCUCACAGUGAGGAUGCAUGGUGAUGCUAGCAGGGCCACCUUGCAAGAACAGCAAGGAACCCAAGUAGCUGGAAACAAUGUUAUUCAUGCCUCUACAGGCAUUGUGUCCUCUCCCACUUCCACAAUGGCUCCAAGAUUCACAGUCCCUUGCAGGCAGCCACCAAAGUAUCUAUGCCUACAGCAGUCGAUCCCACCUUGGUGUUUUGUAGUAGCUGUUUGCUCCUUUGGCCUUCUGUCAGCAUCUUCUUUCAUUGUGAGGCAAUGGGCCACAGAGAGCUUUGUAAAAACUUAUGUUCAUGGAGGAAUUUGUAUUAGAUACUGGUUUGUGUGAAUUACUGUAUUUUGUAUGGGUUUUUUUCCCUCUGGGAAUUGUGCGUUAUUAAUGAGCAGUUUUAUGCUUUACUUCUAGUACAUGUAUACUCUGUAAUUGAUGAGCAGUUUUCUUUGUUUUCCUUUGAUUCUAUAUACAAAGCCAGUUGAUAUAAGGUAGAUACUCUCUGGCUGAAGUUCUGAUUUUGCCUACCAAUUAAUUUAUGGAUAAAUCCACGUAGUAGCUGAUGAUGUUCAUCAACUGUGUUGCUAUUAUCACCUGAUAGCCUACCUAGUUUUGCAGAAUAAUAAGACCUUGAAUAAGACUAAUGCUUGCUGGGCCUUAAACUAAGGGGAAACAGUGCACACGUUUCCCAGCCUCGACUGCUGUCAGCCCUUCUCCCAUAGUGAUUUCCUGUACUGACAAGAUAAUGCAGAAGAGCACUGCUAGACAAAAGAUAGCCUCAACAUGCAAAACUUCUGCAUAGCAGGGCUCUGAUAGCAUCACGCAUUCACCUGACCUAAGUAAUUGUGGUGUACCAGAUGAACUGCAAUGAAUCAUUCAAUUAUUUCUGCAGAAAGAGCCUGGUUCAAACACAGUUUCUCUUCAAAAGAAAAGACCUGGGCUAAAAUAUAUUUCUCAGUGUCCAUCCUGUUAUAGUUGGAAAAAAACAAAGGAUAUAAAAUUAACAAAAAGUGCAUAAUUUCAUUGUACACCCUGUAAACCAAUGGCAGCUACUUCAGUGGCUGUUAGUUACAUUUGUGUUCCAGGAGCCUCCUUCCUUGUCCAACUCAUCUUCUCUCCUACGUUUUACUGAGAACUGAGUGUCCAACUUCUUAAUAAUUGCUGUGCAUAACGUAGAACAUAAAAAGAUACAUAAUACAGCUUGUGCAGGACUUGGUGUUGUAAUUAACCAUAUUUUGUGCCUCGUUAUCGAUUGUACAAAAACAGAAAGCGACAACAACCUGGCCUUUUAAUGUAUACAUCAGCAUAUUGUAGCAGCUAUUUUAGAUAACUGUUUUUAAUAGUUUUAUUAUGGUUGUAAUUUCUAUACGAGGACUGUCCGCUUGCAGAAGCGUUGAAGUAGUGUAUCAAAGCAAUUUUUGAAGCCAGUUCUAUUUAAUUACCAGCUGUGAUGUAUGAAAAUUAGGACAAGUGAAACAAAACCCAAAACCCAACCAACUCACUGGAAGGAAACAUAUUCUCACAUCCUUGAAAAUUCUGUUGCAUAAGACAGGCAUUUUUUUCUAGUCCUCUUUUUACAUAAGUAGUAAAUCACUAAGAAGAUAGUAUAUACAGUACAGUAGUCCAUUUUAAUAGCCUACAGUCAAAUUUUAGGCUAAUUAAGCUAACUAGAAAUUCUAGGGUUACAGUGAUUUCUCACUAUUGAUAUGCUGACGAUAAUACUGUUUACAUAACACUCGAUGUUUGAAAUCAAUAUGUGCCAGUGUCCAGUGAUUUGCUAAUCUAGUUUCUGAUCUAAACCUGUCCUGUUUUUUGCAGCAUACUUAACUUCAUAUUAUGAAUCAUGUUGUCUUUCUAAAGUGAUUGCCAAGUAAACCAAAAACGUGUUUUACACUGCUAUUGCACUGCUCUUGUCUUUAUAUACAGUAGUUUUUAUAAAGAUGUCCUUAGGUUUUAAUAAAUGAGUGUAAUGUAAACUAUUCUCUGUAAUAAAACUUGCUUUAAUGCUUCAAGACCA